AACAAGAGCCUGCCUCCCACUAUCAAACUCCACAGUCCUGCUACAGUCUACAGCUGUAUAACGGUCUUCUCUCCUUGUGUCCUCUCUUGACCAGCAGACAGUCAGCCAUCAUGUAUUACAGCCAGAACACCACCAGUGGUCCCAGCAUUAUUACCAGACAGAGCCGCAGCUACACAUCAAGUGCUGCUCCCCACAAGGCUCACAGUGUGUCAGGACUCAGCUUCAGAGGAGGUCCCCGGAUCUCCUCUUCCAGCGUGCGCAACCUCUCCUCCGGGUAUGGAAGUGGCAUGGGGUUUGGCAGCGGUGGGUUCGACCUGUCCAAUGCCCUGGACCAGAGCUCCGUGCACCUGAACGAGAAGGCCACCAUGCAGAACCUGAACGACCGUUUGGCCUCUUACCUGGACAAGGUCCGCUCUCUGGAGGCGGCCAACUCCAAGCUGGAGAAGCAGAUCAGAGAGUACUAUGAGCAGAAGGGCCCUGCAGCAGAGAGGGACUACAGCAACUACUGGGCCAUUAUCAAUGACCUGAAGGACAAGAUCGCCGCCGCCACCAUCGGCAAUGCAAACAUCCUGCUCCAGAUUGACAACUCCAAACUGGCUGCUGAUGACUUCAAAACCAAAUUUGAUCAUGAGCUGAUGAUGCGCCAGUCAGUUGAGGCUGACAUCGCCAACCUGCGCCGCCUCCUGGACCAGACCACCCUGACGAAGGCUGACCUGGAGAUGCAGAUCGAGGGCCUGCAGGAUGAGCUGGCCUACCUCAAGAAGAAUCACGCAGAGGAGCUGGAAGCUCUGCGCUCUCAGCUUACUGGCACAAUCAACGUGGAGGUGGAUGCCGCACCCCAUCAAGACCUCAACAAAGUCCUGGACGAGAUGCGCGCCCAGUACGAAAUCAUCACUGACAAACAUCGUCGUGACCAGGAAAGCUGGUUUACUGAGAAGUCGGCAGCCCUGAACAUGGAGGUGACCACUAGCACAGAGAUAAUCCAGACGUCCAAGACAGAGAUCAGUGACCUGCGGCGCACACUGCAGGGCCUGGAGAUUGAGCUGCAGUCUCAGCUCAGCAUGAAAGGGGCUCUGGAGAACACAUUGGCAGACACAGAGGCUCGUUACAGUGCCAUGCUCGGCGGCUUCCAGAACACAAUCAACAUGCUUGAAACAGAACUCGGCAACAUGCGCUCAAGCAUCGAGCAGCAGGGACAGGAAUAUAAGAUGCUGCUGGACAUCAAGACAAGGCUGGAGCAGGAGAUUGCAACCUACAGGAGCCUGCUGGAAACAGAGGAGUCCAGACCCAUUGGUAAAGGGGGCUCAAAGACCACAGUCACAACCACCACUGUGCGCAGUUCCAGCUAGGAGGUCCAACUGGCAGGACAAGCUGUUCUCAGACACACGCACGCACACACACAAACUCUCCGACUAAUAAAAGCUGUUACACGAGAUAAGUGAAACUGUACUGAAAAAAACUGAGAAUGAGAAUGAGAAAACUGGGACAUGUUGAAAGUGAAGCCGGUGUUUAUGUUUAUGUAUGAAACAAAAUUUGCUAUCUAGAAGAAAUACCUGACUUAUUGUGCGUGUUUGUUUGUUUGUGUGUGUGUGUGUGACCUGUCUGAAAAAUAAAAAUCUGCUGGUGAAUACAA